AAGCCCAGAGAGCCCAGAGCGGCCGGUGCCCAGCCCUGACAGCAUGUGGGUGCUCCUGCUGCUGUGGCCCCUGGCACUGGGGUUCAGCCCUGAGAGUGGUACCCAGACGCCCAGUGUCUACGACGAGGACGAGAGCACAGAGAGAGGAGACAAUGGCACGUUGGGACCUUGGACUCAGCCCCAGGUGGUGACCCUGUGCCCAUCCGGUCCAAGAAGCUUCCCCAGCUGGUCCUGUGCCAACAACAGUGACACUCUGGACCUUUGGGACAGCUCUCGGGCGCUGCUGCUAGGCUGGGUGCCCACAAGGCUGGUGCCCGCUCUCUACGGGCUGGCCCUGGGGGUGGGGCUGCCCGCCAAUGGCCUGGCACUGUGGGUGCUGGCCACGCGGGUGCCUCGGCUGCCAUCCACGGUGCUGCUCAUGAACCUGGCAGCUGCUGACCUGCUGUUGGCCCUGGCCCUGCCACCCCGCAUCGCUUACCAUCUCCGGGGCCAGCGCUGGCCCUUUGGCGAGGCCACCUGCCGCCUGGACACAGCCGCACUUUAUGGCCACAUGUAUUGCUCCAUGCUGCUGCUGGCCGCCAUCAGCCUGGACCGAUACCUGGCUGUGGUGCACCCACUGCGCGCCCGCACCCUGCGAGGCCCGCGCCUAGCCACCGGGCUUUGCGCUCUGGCCUGGCUGGCAGCGGCAACCCUGGCGCUGCCCCUGGGGCUUCAGCAGCAGACCUUCCAGCUGUCACGCUCGGACCAUGUACUCUGCCACGAUGUGCUGCCCGUGGGUGCCCAGCUCUCCUACUGGCGACCGGCCUUCAUCUGCCUGGCCGUGCUUGGCUGCCUCCUGCCCCUGCUGGCCAUGCUGCUCUGCUACGGAGCCGCACUGCAUGCACUGGCCGCCGGGGGCCGCCGCUACAGCCACGCGCUGAGGCUGACUGCACUGGUGCUGGCCUCCGCCCUGGUCUUCUUCGCGCCCAGCAAUGUGCUGCUACUGCUGCACUACUCGGACCCAGGCUCGGAGGCCUGGGGGAACCUGUACGCAGCCUACAUGCCCAGCCUGGCGCUCAGCACCCUCAACAGCUGCGUGGACCCCUUUGUCUACUACUAUGUGUCCACCGAAUUCAGGGACAAGGUGCAGGAGGCACUGCUUUGCUGGGUGCCGAGUUCCUCCACAACCUUCAGGGAAGGGCGCAGCCGGGGGAUGGGCACCUUGUCCUCCUCACUUGUGUGACAGCCCCUCAGGUUGCAAUGAAGAGAGGUUGCAGUGGGGUGAAGAGUAUCUCCCCGCAGAUGCACGUCCACUAGGAAGCUCUCAUGAGCUUGUUUGGAGACAGGGUCUAUGCAGUGGAAUGAGUUAAGAUGAGGUCCCACUGAGGUAGGCUUGGCCUUGAACCUUGUAUGACUGAUGUCCUUAUAAGAGGACACAGGGACACAGGGAAGAAGGCCAUGUGACCAUGGAGUCAGAGAUCAUGGCCACAGCUUAGACACCAAAGGUUGCUGGCAGCCACCGGAAGCCAGGA